AUGAAUUCAUCUGCAAAUUUUAUAGCACCAAAUGGUAAUGUACCUGAUUUUAAUCAAUCACCAAUCCAAAGAAGAACAAACAAUAAUAUUUCUAUCGGAGAUGAAUCAUUUAAUAAUUUGUCAAUAGGUAAUGUAUUAGGAAAUGCAAAUGUUCCAAACCCAAUGGAAAACCAGAGAAUAAUAAUUAGAAGAGUUUCAAAUUUCUUUAUUACUGGAAUAAUUAAACAAGCUGGUGGUAGUAACGAAGAUUGUACCAGUCAAAAUAUUUUUGCAAGGUUAACGAAAUGGGUAAGUAAUAAGGAAAGUAACACAAGAACAAAAGUAGCUGACAGUUUAGCCAUUUAUUCAAAAGGUGAAAAAAACCACAAUCUUAAAGUUUAUAUUUCCGAUAGCCAAUUUUCCCCUGCUUUACUUUCUCUUUUUCUCAGCCACAUUAAUUAUGAAAAUUAUCAAAAUGAUAUUUUCAUAAAAGAGUUUGUUGACUCUUGUAAAACAGGUGAAGAGAAACACUGGUACCCAGAUUCAGUUCCUUUAAUAAAGAGAUUAAUUUCAAUAUUAAAUGAUUUUAGUAGUAAAUUUGACUCUAAGGCUAAAAUGAGAAAAGAUGCACAAGAAGCUUUUCAAUUUCCUCAUUCUGCACUUUACUUAAAUUCUUCCCAAUAA